AGUCAGACAGGCUUCAUCCGGCGCGGCGAAGAGUGAGUGUGGGGUUUUCCCAGUCCUUCGAUUACGUCGUGUUGUCCUGUACUGUGGUCACUUUUGGGUAGAAUGUCUUCUAUAAAAGGAAGUCCAAAGCAAGAAAUAAUUUCCCAAUUUCACUAUUCAGCUGCAGAAGGAGAUAUUGCCAGGUUAACAGUAAUACUCAGUCAUUCUCCAUCUCUUCUCAAUGAAACUUCUGAAAAUGGCUGGACUGCUUUAAUGUAUGCUGCAAGAAAUGGGCACCCAGAAGUUGUCCAAUUUCUACUUGAGAAAGGGUGCGACAGAUCCCUUGUCAAUAAAUCAAGGCAGACUGCACUGGAUAUUGCUAAAUUUUGGGGUUAUAAGCAUAUAGCUAACUUACUAGCUAAUGCUAAAGGUGGGAAGAAGCCUUGGUUCCUAACCAAUGAAGUGGAAGAAUGUGAAAAUUAUUUUAGCAGGACACUACUGGACCGGAAAAGUGAAAAAAGAAAUAAUGCUGACUGGCUACUAGCUAAAGAAAGCCAUCCAGCCACAGUUUAUAUCCUUUUCUCAGAUUUAAAUCCCUUGGUUACUCUGGGUGGCAAUAAAGAAAGUUCCCAACAGCCAGAAGUCAGGCUUUGUCAGCUGAACUACACAGAUAUAAAGGAUUAUUUGGCUCAGCCUGAGAAGAUCACCUUGAUUUUCCUUGGAGUAGAACUUGAAAUGAAAAAAGAGUUACUUAAUUAUGUUGGGGAAGUCCCAAGAGGAGGAGAAGAUGGGUUGGUUGCCUGGUUUGCUCUAGGUAUAGAUCCUGUUGCUGCCGAAGAAUUUAAGCAAAGACAUGAAAAUUGUUAUUUUCUUCAUCCUCCAAUGCCAGCUCUUCUGCAAUUGAAAGAAAAAGAAGCUGGGGUUGUAGCUCAAGCAAGAUCUGUUCUUGCCUGGCAUAGUCGAUACAAGUUCUGCCCAACCUGUGGAAGUGCAACUAAAAUUGAAGAAGGUGGCUAUAAAAGAGCAUGCUUGAAAGAAAACUGUCCCAGCCUCCAUGGCGUUCACAAUACGUCAUAUCCAAGAGUUGAUCCUGUAGUAAUCAUGCAAGUUAUUCAUCCAGAUGGGACCAAAUGUCUUUUAGGCAGGCAGAAAAGAUUUCCCCCAGGCAUGUUUACUUGCCUUGCUGGAUUUAUUGAACCUGGGGAGACAAUAGAAGAUGCUGUUCGGAGAGAGGUAGAAGAGGAAAGUGGAGUCAAAGUUGGCCAUGUUCAGUAUGUCUCUUGUCAACCAUGGCCAAUGCCCUCCUCCUUAAUGAUUGGUUGCUUAGCUGUGGCAGUGUCCACAGAAAUUAAAGUUGACAAGAAUGAAAUAGAGGACGCCCGCUGGUUCACUAGAGAACAGGUUGUGGAUGUUCUGACCAAAGGGAAGCAGCAGGCAUUCUUUGUGCCACCAAGCCGAGCUAUUGCACAUCAAUUAAUCAAACACUGGAUUGGAAUGAACCCCAAUCUCUAAAUCAAAUAACUAGACUUUGACCAAGU